UACUGUCGCGCGAGAGAUGAACAUUGACGUCUGUAAAUCGUAGCUAGACCUCUUGUAGUAGCUUGCAACAAUUUCAUAUGUAUUUUUUUACCCAAUCAAACUCGGGGCUCAAAGGUGUUUUUAGUAAGGGCGCUGUCUCGGUGUCUGGAGAACCGACAAUCACCGAACUCGCUCGCAACCACCAUCAACAUCCGAAGACUUUAUCAUUGGUUUUUCUUCCAAGCUAUUUUUCUAUCCGUACCCCGCAAUCAUAACAAAUUUACACUAUGUCGGCCUCAAAUGAUGUCGCAAGUUUGGCAACCCCACCAUCAUGCAUCGCAGACUUUUGUCUGAUUCCGCUCGGCACUCCCACAGCAUCUGUAUCCAAAGAGGUAGCGGAAGUGCAGCGGGUUCUCAAGAGGAGCGGAUUAACUUAUUCCAUGCAUUCUGCGGGAACGACAGUUGAGGGCUCAUGGGACGACGUUAUGCGGGUCAUUGGACAAUGCCAUGCUAUGCUGCACCAGAAUGGCAUUGUGAGGAUCCAGAGUGAUAUCAGGGUGGGGAGCAGGACGGACAAAAAGCAGGGAUUCAAGGAUAAAGUUGAGGCAGUGGAGAAGCUGCUCAAGGAGGACCAAGAUGCAGCGUUGUAAUGGGCCGAGUAUCAUGUCGCGCGUGACAGGGAGGAGUGAGGUGUCUCAGUUGCCAUGUCAUCCACGUGUACCACCCUUUACGAUAGCGACAACGGAUGCGCAUGAAAACAAAUUUCACGACCACAGAUGAUGUACGCGCGC